AUGACAAGCAUGCAAUUUUGCAUAGUCACGGCCCUGCUUGGGGUUUUAAAUAUGCUGGCAAAUAUUCCAGUGCAGCUCGCAGAAGUAGUGAACGAAGUUCUCAGGGAGAUAAAAAACACCAACACGGACAUAAUAGAAGACUCCCCCGAUUUCGCGAGACACUGCUUCAUAAAAAUAGAACAAAACGAGUCUUUUUCGAAGUGUUUUUCGCCAAAUAAAACUGAUAUAGCGGCUGGUUUGCACUUCAUGGGCGACGUGUGCAGCCCGGAAAUCGCAGAGGCAGGUCUUGCCGCGAUAAACAGCACCGGAUCCCUUUCAAACUUUCUGGGGUUUUUCUUGGGGUUUGCCCUGUGCUUGGCCUUUUCAAAAAUCAUACAAAAAAGGCCAUGGGCUUUCACGUGGGUGCUAGCUAUAUUCGCUUGGAUUUCAACCAUAUUCACGCUGUGCACGUACUAUAAGGCGCUGUACACAAACAUACCGUUUGAGACUGGGGCCUUCCACUGCCUGCUUUUGGCAAUUAUCCCGAAGGGCUUUGACCCAAUUUUGACCAUGAUUGCAAUCAGCCGAGGCCUGUCCGGAGCGGCUUGCGCGUUCUACGGGUUCUUUAUCGACUUGUGCUCGGUCAAGCUUCUUGGGGAGGGGCGCACAAAAGCCCGACGGAUUGCAAAGUUUGGAGCCAUGAAGGUUGUAUCCGGAUCCCUUGCCUUUGUGUUUCCCCCUGCCUUCAUAUGGAUGUACAAAAAUCUAGGGCGCAGUGUUUUCAUGGGAUUGCUCGCCGUGGUUAUGCAUUUGCCUAUUCUUUUGGCCGGCUUUCUAGACAGGUACCUGGCCAGACAAGGCCAGCCUUGCACCACGCAAGAGAUGAUUGACGAAGAAGAGAUAGAGCUGAAUGAGAUCCACGCAGAACGCGCCAAAGAAAGGGCGGACGUGCAGAACAGAAUAAGCAAGAAAGAGCGCAUAUACGCACUUGCCCGGUGUAUGAAGAAGGACUUCUUGCUGGUGCUCUAUCCCUUUAUGUUUUUCAUGACGGGGAUAAACGUGCUGCUGUACUAUAAAGACAUUUUCAUUCAGUACGCGAGCAGCGCGCCCGCAAUCGCACUAACAGCAGCGCCUUUAGCGGGCGGCCUUUUAAUGCUUGUGCUUCCGAGCAAGAAAGACCUGACUUUCUGUGCCAUGAGUGGAUUUUUGUUGAUCGGCAUCUGCCAGAAUACCCUGGUUAUGGCCAAGAUAAACUGGCUCCCAUUGUCGAGGAGCUGGAACACAACGCUGGCGCUGUUCCUCCCCGCACUCAUAGUUUUCCUGGUAAAUGCAACGCUGACCCCCCUCCUGGGAGUUCUCCCACAGCACAUGGGAAAAACAUCCCCCAGAAUAUUUUCCGUGUACGGAGCCAUUGUCCAGGCAGCAAACUUCUUGGCGUACCUCCUUCUGACAACUGCAUAUGCACACAUAGGACUAAGAUUCCUAUGGGUAUGCGUAUGUUUCUCGAUUGUAAGCAAAAUAAUUCUCUGGACCAAACAUACGAUGAAUUAUUGA